GUGAAUUAUGCUCGGCAGGCAUGUUUGAGCAACUUUAAAUUUGCGGCUGAUAAAAGAUUAAAUUAAAAAUGUCUGUUAAAAAUUGAGUACGGAACUCUAAAAAAACUUUCAUUGACUUUCGUCGCAAUGUAUACUGUCGCGCGUAGUAUGUCAGGCUGCGUCUGCGUCGGGCACAAUGGGCCGCCCGCUCGCAAUACAGAGCAACCUUCGAAAGGAAACGCACGUACACAGUUAUCGUGGGACUAUAUUUAUAUUUACUACCUCAAAAUAUAUUAAAUAAAAAUAUGAAGAGUUUAAUUCUCGUCGCCGGGUUUUUGUGCCUGGUUUCAGCACAAGAGUUCGACUGCCCAGAAAAGAGCGGCUUCUACCCGGAUCCCUACCAGUGUGACCUUUACUACAAAUGCAGCAAAGGUGUAGCGGAAACGAAGCUGUGUCCCGACGGACUGGUCUUCUCAGAUGAGAACCCCAACAAGGAGAAGUGCGACAUCCCCUCCAAUGUAGACUGCGGUGACAGGAAGGAAUUGCAGGAGCCAAAACCCAGCAAAGGUUGUCCCAGACAGAACGGAUACUUCAAGCAUCCUGAUCCCCAGGCUUGCGACAAAUUCUACUACUGUUCCGAGGGUCUCCCCAACGAGCUCCCUUGCCCACCCGGUCUGCACUUCGAUGAGGAGACUUCCAACUGCGACUGGAAAGAGGUCGUCAACAGGCAGUGCGACCAUGUCACCAAGGACUUAUUGGACGACGGUUUCUCCUGCCCCGACGGCGAGGUGAUGGGUCCCAACGGUCGCGCGCUCCCGCACCCCACCUUCCCUCACCCCGAGGACUGCCAGAAGUUCUACAUCUGCCGUAACGGCGUGCAACCGCAGAAGGGGCUCUGCCCCCUCGGCAAGGUCUACAAUGAGGACACCUUUAUGUGCGAUAACCCCGAGAAGGUUGAAGGAUGUGAAAACUACUAUGAAGGCCAGAACUUAGAAAAGAGCAAAUCUAAGAAGGCGUGAAGUGUGUCAUACUUAUUAAGAAAUUAGUUAUGUAUUAAUAAAUAUUAAUAAGUCA